AUGAACAACACGCUUCAGUGCUCACUCUGUCCAGACUGCUUCAAACAGUCGUUCCCUACCACAGGGCCACCGACUAAGCCCCCUCGGUCGUUGAGCAACAGAUUUUAUCGCGCACUGGAUCAUGUCCCCGCUGAUGUCCGAGUAUACCUCUCCAACGCGAGUCAGCUUGAGCACCUCUUCACUCCGCGCGCCAGAGCCUACAAGAACGUGUACAAGCUAACUCGUUUCGGAGAUCCCAAAGUUCAACAAGAAUAUACGCGCGGAAACACCCUCAUCUUCAGCCAGAACACCGCUUCGUUCACCGAUGUACUGUCCAUGUUAGUCGAGGAACUCGCUGACAGUGUGUGCGUUCUAUUCUGCAGAGGGAACCCCAACCUUGCGGAGCUGGACAAGUGUCGACCCAUGAUCGUGAAGCAGAGUCGGAUCCAAACGAUGCUCAGGUGGUUGAUCAACGAAAGCAAGAAUCCGGCGUACUCUGCCGUCUCCUUUUUUAAUGGCGAAAGACUUGCACAGCUCGUUCGACGCAAUUCUGGUGUGCUCAACUCUACCUCUCUAGCACCCACGGCGGUUUCAGCUUCCACUUCGGCUUCGGCUUCCGUCUCGCUUGCUCCCCAAGUGUCGGAUGGACAAACCUCGGAUGGAGACAGUCUCGUGCCCGACGCAGUUCUGGCGAAUGUGUUUACCGCAGAGACAGUGGAACCAACAUCAUCGCUCUUUGAAGGCUAUGCAACAGCGCAUAACGACUCUGAUGAACCAGUAUUCGAACACGUCCAUGUGCCGCCACCCGCUACCGACGAACCAGUUCACUCGUGGCAGUUCUCUGAGAAAGCUCUCCGUUAUUUCAACCACUGCAAGACCAGCCCCCCCAUGUCAUUCCGACAGGCGACGACCCUUUGUGGGGAUCUUCGGAUGACUUCCUGCUCUCAAAGCUGCAAGGUGGCCACACCUCGAUCCAUUCGGUCUCGUCGGUGUCUGUGUCGAGCGCGACGUCAAGAUUUCUCUGGACGAGCAAGUCAAACAUUGGCUCAAUCUAUACGACAGCGAUUUUCGGUGCGACCCGUCUUUCCCGUUCAUCAUCUCGAACAUUCUCCGCCGACGAGACGUGUUUCGCCACCUCGCUUUUCGGGUCCCCAAAGAGAAGGUGGCUCGAAUCGCAGCAGAAAAUUUACCGCAUAUCGACCGUAUUCUGGCGUUUCGUCCAAGCACACACGUACUUCAACCAGGCGAGACAAGCCCCACACGCUCGCUUUCAGUUCGUGCCGCAUCGGAUCCGGGUACAUGCCAGGAAGAAGCCCCUCUUCAUGCAAGUCACGCAUACAAUCAACUAAAUUCCUGUAUGGGUAAGCUGAUUUAA